AUGACUAAACAAGGAGAGUAAUUUAAAGAUUACAUUAAAGAAGAAAAAUCUAAAGUGAAUAACAAAGAAAAUCUACAAAAAAAUGAAAAAAUAAAACUUAAAAAUUCUAUAAUCUAAAAUGAGAGUACAAAGGUAAGAAGAUAUGGAAAUAGUCCAAUGAUUAACUCUUUACUUAACAAAAAAAAAGGUAAUCCUAAACAUAGAUCUUCUUAAGGCUAGACUUUAAAGAAUGAAUUAUUUUAAAAGAUCAAAAAUGGUAUCAGCCAAACUAAUAAGUUGGGCAUAUAAUUCAAAAAUUUUAUUUACCAUUACUUUAGCUGUUUUAAGCGCAAUAAGGUUUCAAACUUUAUAGAUUUCAGCCAGCAAAAAAUAACAGAAUACACAGAUAUUAACUUUAUUGUCAAUAAGAUAUUGGAAUUUGAAAAAUUUAAACACAUCUUUUUUAAUGAAAAUCAGCUAAAGCAAUUUGUAUUUAUUCCUAAGCAUAAAGUGAAUAAUUGA